GUCGAAUACAUUAUAUCUCUCUUAGAAAAGACUAAAACAAACUUCUCCAAAGAUGAAAAAUGCUUUGCUGGCCAUUGCUGCCUUGGCAGGUGUGGUUGCCAUGGUAAACGGCAUAUGUGAUGUUAAAGACGCCAAGACCUGCCAAGUUAUGUUUGCGGACCAACUGUCGGCUGGUGGUCGCAAUAUGGACAAAUUGUGCAUCGCACAAAAGGACCUGAUCAAGUGUCUCGAGCACGCGGCGUGUACCGAUGAGAUGGUCUUCAAGUCCGUCAUGAAGGAGGCAACAAAAAACAUGAACGCCCUGUGCAGCAGUGGCGCUACCAUGAUGGUCUCCGCCAUACUGGUCGCUCUUCUUCCAAUCCUCUUCAACUGAAUGAACGUUCAGUGCCUGGCAGUACCGAGCAUGUCACGUGUUUCUGAUGACAGCAAAAAUCUACUGCCGACCCAGUCGUCUAAUUAUAGUCUUUGUAUCAUCUCUCCUAUUGAUUCGUCCUCUUUCAAAUGACACAUUUUCUGUAUAUUAUGCACGCGCGCGCGCGCGCACACACACACACACAGACACAAAUACACACACAAUACACACACACACACACACACACACACA